AACAUUGUCACUUACGUAGAUCGUCUAUAACCUAUAACGACUUUAUGUAUGCUCGGCAACAAAUUGUUUUUAUUGAAAUCGACAUCAAUUUAGCAACGAAAUGUCCAUAGUUUAAUUAAAUAUUAAGUUGUUAAAUAGCUUCUUAGGAUAAAGUUUUAUUUUAGUUAAAAAUAAGCUUCCGCUAGUGUCUUAUAAAGAUGGGUAUUUUGGAGAAGAUAUCUGAGAUUGAGAAGGAAAUAGCAAGAACCCAGAAGAAUAAAGCCACGGAAUACCACUUGGGUCUGCUGAAGGCGAAGCUUGCGAAGUACCGGUCACAGCUGCUGGAGCCGUCUAAGAAGGGCGGGGACAAGGGCGAGGGCUUCGAUGUGCUCAAGUCGGGCGACGCGAGGGUGGCGCUCAUUGGCUUCCCUUCUGUGGGCAAGUCCACAUUGCUGUCAACUCUGACGCACACACACUCUGAAGCAGCCAGCUACGAGUUCACAACGCUGACAUGCAUCCCCGGUGUGAUCGAGUACCGCGGGGCCAACAUACAGCUGCUCGAUCUGCCGGGUAUCAUUGAAGGUGCCGCACAGGGCAAGGGUAGAGGAAGACAGGUGAUAGCCGUGGCGCGUACAGCUGACCUGGUUCUCAUGAUGCUGGACGCCACGAAGCCGUACGUGCACCGCCAGCUGCUGGAGAAGGAACUCGAGAGUGUCGGCAUCAGGCUCAACAAGAGCAAACCCAAUAUUUACUUUAAGCAAAAGAAAGGCGGCGGUCUCUCCUUCAACUCGACGUGUCAGCUCACUAAAGUGGACGAGAAAAUGGUGCAAAUGAUCCUUCACGAAUACAAGAUAUUCAAUGCAGAGGUACUGUUCCGAGAAGACUGCACGGCGGACGACCUGAUAGACGUAAUCCUGGCUAACAGGGUGUACCUGCCCUGCAUCUACGUGUACAACAAGAUCGAUCAGAUCUCCAUACAGGAGGUCGACAGGAUCGCUCGCGAACCCAACUCUGUUGUCGUCAGUUGCAACAUGAAGCUGAACCUGGACUUCCUGCUGGAGACAUUGUGGGAGUAUUUAGCGCUCAUCCGCGUUUACACCAAGAAGCCCGGCCAGCCGCCGGACUUUGAUGAUGGACUGAUUCUUAGGAAGGGUGUAACCAUCGAGCACGUGUGCCACUCGAUCCACCGCACACUGGCCGCGCAGCUGAAGUACGCGCUAGUGUGGGGAACCAGCACCAAGUACUCGCCGCAGCGCGUCGGCGUCGCGCACACCGUCAACGACGAGGACGUCGUGCAGCUCAUCAAGAAGUAGGUAAUAAAUUCUAUGGGCCCUACUAAAUAAACGAGCCUUUUUUUGAACCCUCUGAUUUAUGGUAUGUUUACAUUAGUACUAUAAGUUUCUUAUGAGCUAUCAGUCUGUCAUACCAGUCGUACGGUCGAGUUCACAAACAUGUUUACUCGCCAACAUGCAAAAAAAAAAACGAUUGACACGUUUUAAUCACAAUAAGGUCGUGUAAGGUCAAUACGGAUAAGUGUGCCAUACGCGGAUAAGUGUAUCCGGCCUUUUUACUCAUUGUCACAGGUGUUUUGUUUUUGCUAGUUCAUACUUUGCUGCUUGCUACUCAUGAUUAGUGGAAACGUAUGAACUCCUAAUAAACACUGAUCGUUGUUUAAACAGACCAAAUGUGAAGGCCAGACGCACUUUUCCGUGACGCGUUUAUUCGUAUUGACCAUAUACAUUCAUUUUAUUUGGAAUAAUUAAUUAUUAUAGAAUUGUUUGUGAAUUCCAUAGCAAUUAAGAAACUAGUAGUAUUGGAAAAUCUUAGUAAGGCACUGUUUAUAAUUAUUCGCCGUGUCUCUUUUAUUUGUACGGGAGUGCUCAUAUCUUUGUUCGUUUUUAUAGUCGAUAGCUCAUAACUCACUGGCUCGCGGUGGGACCAGUGCCUUAUUACAGAUUAUGUAGUUAGGUUCACAUGGAGUUAUUUUUUCUCAUAUAGGUACAAUAUACGUACGAAAUUUUACAGAGUAUCGCAUAUCGUAGAGAUAGCAACAUUUGUAUUGUAACGUUUAAAAUUGCGUACACUUUUUUCCUGCAUAGAGUCAUUUGAUAUAAUAGAAAUAGUGGCCAUAUCGUAUUAUAGUGAUUGAAAAGGGGCGACAAUACGAUGUUGCCACUUUUUAAUUUCUACUUUUUUUGCUGUACAAAUGUUGCUAUAACAAAGCACGAUAUUCAUUAAAAUAUUGGGUACGUUAUAGGGAAAAAAUUAAACAGUGACCAGUGACCUAGCCUUACUAUACUGUCUCUACUACGGCAUAAUGGCAUGCCUAAAGGUAUAGUGUAGUCAGAAUGUGUUAUUUGGUUAACUCGGAUUGUAUAACUAAAUUGUACGCACUAUGCCUUCGACUAUCACAGCAAUAAUGCUAUUAUUUUUAUAUAAAUUAUUAAAUUAGUCAACUCUGUGCCACUUUUGGGCGUUUUCUUUUAAAUGUUUAUUAAUUUUGUUAUAUAUAACUAUAAGCAAUGUAACUUGGUGACUGUUAUUUAUUAAAAAUCUGGCACAUGUAAUGGUAUUAUGUAAAGAUUAAUCUAUUUUGACCCUUUGAAACUGAUAGGAGAUAGCAGCUACAGCCUUCAGCAUCAACCUUCAUGUACAGCUUGGCAAAAAGAGGAGAAAUCAAAGUUUUUUUUUUAUCAUAGCAACACUUACUUUUCUCUUACAAAAGCUCAGACGAAGGAUACUAUAGACUUGACGUAAGCGUACACCCGUAAGGGAC